CCGAAAGAACUGCAGCAUGGAGUAUAUAUAUUAUGUGGCGUCCCUUCGUGGGUACCGAUAUGUCCUCCAGCUACAUCUAGUUCCAUUCAAUUAUUCUAGAGGAUCGUCACACACUAGCAGCUUUGGGUUUCCUCACCAUGGAUUCCAAGAAUCAUUCAUCUGAUACGGAGUCUUGGACUACCACAGACCUUGAGAAGGCCUCACGCCCCGUGUCCCCCACCACCACCACACAUCACGACCCUCACCUCGAACCAAUCCGCUCGGUAGCCACCAAUGUCGUCCACCGUCCAAUGGAUGACCCCGACGGCGGCGACCUCCUCAACCUCCCAUCACGAGUCCUCAACGACACUGCCAACAUCACUGAGUACACCGAAGAAACGGCUGCGGGCCACAUGCUGAAAGAAGUGCGAUCCCAAGCAACAGGGCAGAUCGAACGAUACGAGCUCGUCACCUGGAAGGUCGGCGACCCCGAGAACCCGAAGAACUGGCCGAAAUGGAAGAAGUGGUGGGUGACGAUGGCGGUGGCGCUCUCGGCGUUCGUGGUCGCGUUGGACAGCUCCGUCAUCACAGCGGACGUCAAGGGCCCCCAAAAGGAGUUCGGCGUCAGUUCCACCGUGUCGCUGCUCGCCAUCUCGUUGUUCGUCGUUGGGUUCGGUGUGGGGCCGCUGGCUUUCGCGCCGCUGAGCGAGCAGCUGGGACGGUGGCCUGUAUACACGGUGACGCUCGGCUUGUCUGUCAUAUUCAUCAUCCCCUGCGCAGUGGCGAAGAACAUCGAAACCCUGCUGGUUGGACGUGCGCUCGGCGGUAUUGCGAUCUCGGCUCCCAUGACACUGGUCGCCGGGACGCUUGCCGACAUCUGGAAGGCGGAGGAACGGGGCGUCCCGAUGGCUUUCUUCUCUGCUGCUCCGUUCAUUGGCCCUGCGAUCGGUCCGCUGAUCGGUGGAUUCCUCGUCCCGCUCGGAUGGAGAUGGUUGUACUACAUCCAGCUGAUCAUUACCGGCGCGAUUUGGAUCGUCAUGGCCUUCUUCGUCCCCGAAACAUAUACCCCGGCGUUGCUCAAAAAGAGAGCGAAGAAGCUGCGGAAGGAAACGGGGGACAACAAAUAUGUCACCGAGCAGGAUUUGGACACGCGACCAUUCUCCCAGCAGAUGCGGAUCUUCCUCAUCCGGCCUCUGCAACUGCUCUUCCUCGAACCGAUCGUCCUGUUCAUCUCGUUAUACAUGUCCCUCUUGUACUCGCUCCUCUACGUCUUCUUCGUGGCAUACCCCAUUGUCUUCGAAGAGGGUAAGGGUUGGGAACCAUGGCAGACAGGUCUGAUGUUCAUUCCACUGGCAGCGGGUGUCAUGUUCAGCGCGGCGAUGAGCCCCCUCGUCAACAAGCACUACAUCAAGUUGUGCCGGAAGCACAACAACAGGCCUCCCCCGGAGGUCCGGUUGAUUCCCAUGAUGUUGUCUUGCUGGUUCAUUCCAAUCGGCCUCUUCAUCUUCGCCUGGACUUCAUAUCCGCGAUUGACCUGGGUGGGACCAUGUCUAGCUGGGCUCCCUGUCGGAUUCGGCUUCAUCUUCCUGUACAACUCUGCGAACAAUUAUCUUGUUGAUUCGUAUACCCACCAGGCUGCCAGCGCCAUGGCCGCAAAGACGUUGAUCCGAUCAUUCUGCGGUGCUGCUGUAGUGCUCUUCACCAAUCAAAUGUACGCUGGUAUGGGAUACCAGUGGGCGACCACCCUCCUGGCAUUCCUGGGCUGUGCAUGUUGUAUCAUCCCCUUCUUCUUCUACUACAGAGGAGCGAAGGUCAGGACGAAGUCCAGGUUUGCCUAUGCCGGCGAGCCUGCAGAGGAGGAGGUCAAGAAAUAAAGGAAAUGCAUAUUCUGGAGUAUAGUGGCGACUUGAAGAAGAUACCUUUCCACGCAACUUUUGGAGGGCAUCUUAUAAUAAUUUGCUUGAUGAAGCACUCUUAUCCCUUUCAGCGGUUUUGGUCGAUCUGGGAGCGAUAGAAGACUCCUUAGAUACGAGUCUUAGAUACAUCUUAGAUUUCAUCCGUUAGAUACCAUGAAAAUAUUGGAUACU